GCGGACAGGACGAAGACAUCGACUGGAGACAGUCUGUAGCUUGUCAACGUUUACUACGCCAAAUUCUGGGCUAUAAAAUAAUACAAUGACYUCAAUACAUAGUUCAGUAUUUUUUCAAUGAGUCUGACUAUGUAUGGCGUUCCAUCGAGAUCAAAUCUGCCUCCAUAUGAACACAGAACAACGUCAAAUGGAACAAGUACAAGAACCUACAGUGGUAUGGGUUUAGCAAACAGUUCUGUAGCACCAAGAACCGUCAAGCCAACAACGUAUGCCUCUUCAUAUGCAUCCCAAAGUCGUCGGACUAUAAGAAGGCAGCUUCCAGAUGGUCCAGGACCAUUACCAGAUCGAUAUAACCUUCGCAAAACUACAGGAGAAAAUUUACGUUAURUUUCACCCUCAUCAAAAUCUAAAACCGUCGACGAAAGACGUAGCACGAGUUAUCCUUCUUCUUUUUAUACACAACAGAAAACUUCACAAGCCGAAAGAAAGGUAUCCAAUGAUUCUGGAUAUGGCAGUUCGUCCAGUGUUAGGUAUAGCAACAUUACCAAUGGAAAGUCAACAUUGGCUGGUCGACGGUCCAAAUCUCUGUCAAAUUUGGGGGCAAUGAGAGAUCUUUCUUUAAACAAUGAACCUCCAGAAAACAGUCAUUCUUUUCCUAAUAGAACUACUAUUCUAAGUUACAACUCAAGGAGUGAUUACUCUCCAGGAAUUUCAUCAAAGACAAAAACAUUGGAAAAUGUUACACAGUUAGAUGAAAACGCAAAUUAUUAUUUGACGUCUACCAGCACUCGUCACAGCUCUCAAGCAGAAGAUUCACGGCAGCAUUCCUUGACAAACCGAUAUUCAAGUAAUUAUCCAAGCUCGAAUAGUAGUUCAUAUUCUAAGAAAGGAAAAAUGACAGAUUAUAGCUGUGACAACCGUAAAGAAAUACUAACAGCUGAUACGGAGUCGCUUCGACGGAGCUCCAAAGGUUCCACAAGUUCUUCCUCCCCAUCUACGCCUAGUGGACGGGGAUACAGAGAUGGUUUGGUUGGACUUAGAAAUCUUGGAAACACAUGUUUCAUGAAUUCUGUUCUACAAUGUCUAAGUCAUUCUGUGGUGUUGACUGAUUACCUGUUAAAGGGUUCUUACUCCAAACAAAUCAACAGCAAAAGCAGUAUGAAAGGGAAGCUAAUACAAGCUUAUGCUGAUCUUAUCAAGUCAAUGUGGAAACCAGGAAUCUCAGAUACAGCAAUAUCUCCCCAUUCCUUCAAAACACAGAUACAAAAGUUUGCACCAAGAUUUGUUGGAUACAAUCAACAAGAUGCUCAAGAAUUCUUGCGGUUUCUAUUAGAGGGUCUGCAUGAUGAUUUAAAUCAAGUUCGUGACAARCCUAAAUACAAAGUCUGUGAGUUCAAUGAAUCACUGAGGGAUAGUGAAAAGGCAGAAAAAUCAUGGAAACAUUACAUUGCAAGAGACAAUAGCUUUAUAACAGAYGUCUUUGUUGGGCAACUGAAGAGCACCUUGAAAUGUACAGAAUGUGGUUUCAAGUCUGUAGCAUUUGAUCCAUUCUGGGAUCUUUCUUUGCCAAUUCCAAGGAAGUCUAGUUCAUUGUACUCAAGUAGCUAUGAUAGCAGAUCGAAUGUUACUAUACAAGACUGUAUGGAUCUGUUUACAAAAGAAGAAGUUUUAGAUGGAGAUGAAAGACCGACCUGCGAGAAGUGUAAAAAGAAAAGAAAAUCAACCAAGCAAUUCACAAUUCAAAGAUUUCCUAAAAUUUUAGUACUUCAUCUUAAACGCUUUUCUGGAUUUGGUUUUCGUUCCAAGCUUCAGACUGCAGUAGAAUUCCCAACUGAUUCUAGACUGAAUCUUAAACAUUAUGCAUCAGAUGGUACAGACUAUACAUCGGCAGUGUAUGGUUUAUAUGCAGUGUCCAAUCAUUCAGGAACAACUUAUGGUGGCCAUUACACUGCACACUGUCGACAUCCUAUCAGCCGUGAAUGGCACUGUUUUAAUGAUUCUAGUGUUGAUGGAAUCCCAAUAUCACGUAUAGGUGGAUCACAAGCCUAUAUUUUAUUCUAUGAGCGCGUAGAUACCAGCUCAUCAUUAUAACCCAAAUAGUGGAGUGUAGUUUUGAACUUUGUACAGUUUUAAAUGAUUGAUUACUGUGUGAAUCUUUAAUUUGGGGAAUGAAAUCUGAUAUCAUUGUAAAAAUAUCUAUUUUUCAUUUUGUAAUAAUUUAUAAUAUAAUAUUACAAGAAAAAAGAGUAUUAUUUGACAUUCUUAAAUGUAAAAGGUGUCUAUAAUUAUGGUGUUUUAUUAUCAAACAUCCUAGGUGACUGUUAUACUUUAACUAUCAUCCAUAAGAUUGUAUCGCCUAUUGUUCACUAUGAUCUCCUUUUAAGAAUAAUCUUAUUUGUUCAUUGAAAGAGGUUCCCCUCACUGCCAUGUCAAUUAUUUGAAAAUUUACUGAUAAUUGAUUGCAUGCAAGAACAUUUUUGAAACUAAAUCAAUAUCAACUUGACAUCUAAGCAACUACUAGUGCUACAUAUUCCUGUUAUUUCUUAACUGCAUUAUUGUUACAAACAAUUAUUUUUCAAUAGAAAACAGAAAACAAACUAGUACAUUGUAGCCCUUUUUAAUUUUAUUUCCAAUGAAUUUCAUCUGUYACAACUCUAUAUUUAUUAGCAGUUUUGCAACCAUGGUCACAGCACCAUGGAAAUUGUAUUUAUUGCAAAUAAAGGUCAUCUUUUGUUAA